AUGCCCAGGCCGCUCUCUUCCUUCUGCCUCCACCGGAUCAGGUCCGGCGUUACUGAGUCCACUGCCGCACCGCCGUCGAUAUGCGCCAACAAGGAGACCUCCUUCGACGACGGCAUUGAGAGCAAGUCGCCGAAGGAUGACAAGCAGGAAGACGAGGAGGCUAAUAAGAAGGCUGGCGCGGAGGCCGUCGUCGUGGGGAGGAAGGUGAUGGUGGCGGCGGACGGCGGCAACGAGGAGGCCCGGACGGCGCUGCAGUGGGCGCUGUCGCACGCCGUCCGUCCCUGCGACACGGUGGUCCUGCUCGACGUCAUCAGGGUCGGCAGCGGCGGCAACGGCAAGAACCGUGCGUAA